AUGUUGCCUGAUUGUCUUAUUCACACUGUACUCUCCCACUUUGGCUAUAAAGAAGCAGCCCGAUUGACCAUUCUCUCAAAAACAUGGUUACAAGCUUGGUUAACACAUCCCAAUUUGGAAUUCAGAGUUUAUGGUUUCAAACACAUAAAAAAAGUGGAUGAAAUCUUGGAAAGAUAUAGGGACAAAAAGAUCCCUAUAGAGAAGUUUAAUUUAUCUAUUUUCGGUUCCGGUGAAGUUCUUCCCCUGAUUGAUAAGUGGCUUAAAAUCGCUUUUCAGAAUGGUGUAAACCAUCUCGAGUUUGGAUAUGUUGACUUUGGUCGUGUAUUAUACCCGUUGCCUCAUGUUUUCACUAUCUUGAGCGCAAAAUCUUUAAGAAAAUUGGUUUUGAAGGAUUGUGAUCUCAUGCAGCUUUCGUUAUCUAGUGGCCCUGUGUCUAAUUACUGCGAUUCGUUGAGAGAGCUUUCUCUAUUAGGUGUCCGUUUAGACGACAACAUGCUUCAGACUCUGGUCACUACUUGUCCCAUGAUUGUUAGUUUCACUAUUAAGCAUUGUAUUGGGUUGAAAAAGAUUAAGUUGCGGAAUCUUCAAAAGAUCAAGAUGGUUUCCAUUCAUAUAGAUAAAAAACAGCCUGUCGAAAUUCAAGCACCAACUCUUGAACACUUAGUUUUUUGUGGUCUUGCGGAAAAGACCCUUAUGUUGGAUAUUGGUGCAUGUCAGAAUCUGAAAUCUUUAAAGCUAUCGUCUGUGAGGAUAUCUGAUGGAUUUCUCGCGCACCUUACUUCUAGAUGUCAAUUCCUUGAGAGUUUGAUGUUAGAUAACAUCGUUAGUAUAGGGUUAAGAAAAGUUUAA